UAACAGGGAGAGGACAGAGAGCUGCUCCUGGAUGCUUGGUCCGGCCCCAUCUGCACAGCUUUGUUGGCCUCUUCUUAACAGGCCGUCAUGUCCUGGUGAAUUUAGCCACUUGGCUCAGCGUCCUUUCCCAAAAGGGAAGAUACUGUGUAGUCCUGACACCUGUGGGUUCUUCCAGAGGGAAUUGUGUUCGCUGAAGCCCAGCCCCUGCUUACUGGUCUGUGCUGCCCACUCUCACCCUAGGGAUGCCCACUUCAAGGAAGGCGCUGGGUCAGGCAGGGUCGCCCAGCUCCAGCAUGGCCACGGACACCUGCUGCUGCUCCCCGGCCUCCUUGCAGCGGAGGCUGCCUAUCCUGGCCUGGCUGCCCCAUUACUCCGCGCAGUGGCUGAAGAUGGACUUCAUUGCUGGUCUCUCGGUGGGACUCACCGUCAUUCCUCAGGCACUGGCCUAUGCAGAAGUGGCCGGACUCCCACCCCAGUAUGGCCUCUACUCUGCCUUCAUGGGGUGCUUCGUGUAUUUCUUUCUGGGCACGUCCCGGGAUGUGACGCUGGGCCCCACGGCUAUCAUGUCCCUCCUGGUUUCAUUCUACACCUUCCAUGAGCCUGCCUACGCUGUGCUGCUGGCCUUCCUGUCUGGCUGCAUCCAGCUGGUCAUGGGGCUCCUGCGUUUGGGGUUCCUACUGGACUUUGUCUCCUGCCCUGUCAUUAAAGGAUUCACCUCUGCUGCCACCAUCACCAUCGGCUGUGGACAGAUCAAGAACCUACUGGGACUGCAGAACAUCCCCAGGCAGUUCUUCCUGCAGGUGUAUCACACCUUUCUCCACAUCGGGGAGACCAGGCUGGGUGACGCUGUCCUGGGGCUGGUGUGCAUGGUGCUGCUGCUUGUGCUAAAGUUGUUGCGGGACCACGUGCCUCCCGCCCACCCGGAGAUGCCUCCCGGAGUGCGGCUCAGCCGUGGGCUGGUGUGGACUGCCACAACAGCUCGCAAUGCCCUGGUGGUCUCCUUUGCCGCCCUGAUCGCAUACUCCUUCGAGGUGACUGGAUACCAGCCCUUCAUUCUGACUGGGGAGACAGCUGAGGGGCUCCCUCCCGUGCGGACUCCCCCCUUCUCACUGACCACUGCCAAUGAAACGGUCUCGUUCACGGAGAUGGUGCAGAAUAUGGGUGCUGGGCUGGCCGUGGUGCCACUGAUGGGCCUCCUGGAGAGCAUCGCGGUGGCCAAAGCCUUUGCUUCUCAGAACAACUACCGUAUCGAUGCCAACCAGGAGCUGCUGGCCAUUGGCCUCACCAACGUGCUGGGCUCUCUGGUCUCCUCCUACCCGGUCACCGGCAGCUUUGGCAGGACAGCUGUGAAUGCCCAGUCAGGGGUGUGUACCCCAGCAGGGGGUCUGGUGACUGGGGUGCUGGUGCUGCUGUCACUCGACUACCUGACCUCACUUUUCUACUACAUCCCCAAGUCCGCUCUGGCCGCCGUCAUCAUCAUGGCCGUGGCUCCGCUCUUCGAGGCCAAGAUCUUCAGGACGCUGUGGCGGGUUAAGAGGCUGGAUCUGCUGCCCCUCUGCGUGACAUUCCUGCUGUGCUUCUGGGAGGUGCAGUAUGGCAUCCUGGCUGGCACCCUGGUGUCUGUGUUCAUCCUCCUGUACUCCGUGGCCAGGCCUAAGACCCAGGUCUCAGAGGGGCCGGUCCUUGUCCUGCAGCCGGCCAGUGGCCUGCACUUCCCUGCCAUCGAGGCCCUGCGGGAGAUGGUACUGAACCAAGCCCUGAAAGCCCCGGCGCGCUGUGCGGUCCUGGAGUGCACUCACGUCAGCAGCAUCGACUACACCGUGGUGCUGGGCCUUGGGGAGCUCCUUGAGGACUUGCACAGGCAGGGUGUCAACCUCGUCUUCGUCGGCCUGCAGGUGCCUGUGCUCCGCACGCUGCUGGCUGCGGACCUGAAGGGGUUCCAGUACUUUUCCAGCCUGGAGGAGGCAGAGAAAUACGUGCACCAAGACCCAGGGACCCAGCCAUACAACAUCUGCGAGGACUUGGUCCCCGAGCACAAAGUCGCCCUGUUGAAGGAUUAGUGGGGCUGGUGACGGGUGUCCAGUGCUGGAAGGUCUUCUGGAAGGUUCUUGUCACUGUGAUUUGAUGCCGAUGCCGCCCAGUAGACUCACCAGUGUGGAGAAGCUGAGGAAAGGCAGUGCGGUAGCCCCAGGAGAAGCUGGGAGCCGCGGUGGCCUGUGGUCCCCAGGUGGGACUCUGGUGUCUUCUGAGGCGGUUGGAUUCACUUCCCAGCUCUCCCUUGGGCAUGAACGUUUUAGGGGUAAUGGCUCCAAGCGAGCUUUCUCUAGAGUGACAGGCUGAGCAAUCCAGGAAGGUGCAGUUGUGUGCCCGGCUGGGAGAGGCACCCUCACUGACCCUGGCACUUGCCUGGAUCCAAGUUCCUCCUUGGAGUCAGGCCUGGCCUGGGAGUCAGGGAGAGUGGGCACCUCAGACGUGUGUGACCGUGGUGCAGAGUCUAGCCAUGUCUGAAGAAAAAACCAAGGUGUGCCAAACGAUGUUGCGUGUUUAAAAGUAACUGUUUUUAAAUGGAAAUUGUAGCUCUUGUGUUUUUUGUAAAAACCAGAAAUGUUUUUAAAAAUACAGGAACCCAUCCCUCCUGUGCACUGUUGUGGUCACCCCAGGUCCCCACCCCAAACGCAAAUACACAUGUCUGUCAGCAUGGGCUUCUGUCUGUGGUUUGACAUGGACUGGGAUCAUUUCAUACAUGGUGCUCCGUGCCCACGCCUCACGCAGUCAUCUGCGUGGCUUAUUUAUUGUGGUAAUAAACUGCAUUGAAAUAAA